CGGAAGUUGCGCGCGGCUCUAGCUUACGUCAGUCAGAGCGGUGACUGGAGGGCGUCGGGGCUCACAGAGCUGCAGUCAUGUCAGACAAAGAUAAAAGUGAGCUUAAAGCAGAAUUAGAGCGUAAAAAACAACGGUUGGCUCAAAUCAGAGAGGAAAAGAAAAGGAAAGAAGAGGAGAGAAAGAAAAAGGAAGCUGAUCAGAAGAAGGAAUUGCCACAGAAUGAAGAAACUGAUAUUGAGAAGAAACGAAGGGAAGCUGAAGCCUUGCUUCAGAGCAUGGGCAUUACAUCUGAGCCCUCUGUUGUCCCUCCUACGUCUCCUCCCUCAAAAUCGGUGAGUACACCAAGUGAGGCUGGAAGCCAGGAUUCUGCUGAUUGCACUCUUGGACCAAGGACCUUUCAUUGGGAUACCGAUCCUUCAGUUCUCCAGCUUCAAGCUGAAUCUGAUCUUGGGCGUGGAACAAUCAAAUUGGAGAUGGCAAAGAUCACACAGGUAGAUUUUCUUCCACGGGAGAUUGUUACUUAUACUAAGGGAACACAAACUCCAGUUAUUACACAGAAAGCUGAAGCAGAAGAGGAGGAGGAGGAAAUUGUACCCAAGCAAGUAGUUGAACCAGAACCAGUACAAAUACAGAAAGAAGAAGAUAAAGAAGGUGUACCUCAUGAACUUACAGAAGAAGAAAAGCAACAGAUAAUUCAUUCUGAUGAAUUCCUCACAUUCUUUGAUCACAGCACUAGAAUAAUUGAACGAGCUCUUGCAGAGCAUAAAGACUUGUUUUUUGACUACAGUGGCAAGGAUUUAGAAGAAAAAGAAGGAGAACUCCAAGGUGGAGCUAAACUUUCUUUAAAUAGAGAGUUUUCUGAUGAACGCUGGUCAAAACAUCGUGUUGUUACAUGCAUGGACUGGUCACCUCAGUACCCAGAACUCCUUGUUGCUUCGUACAACAAUAAUGAGGAUGCUCCCCAUGAACCAGAUGGUGUAGCUCUUGUAUGGAACAUGAAAUUUAAGAAAACAACUCCAGAGUAUGUCUUCCACUGCCAGUCAUCUGUAAUGUCAGCUUGUUUUGCACGAUUUCAUCCAAAUCUGGUUGUUGGAGGAACAUACUCUGGUCAGAUUGUGCUAUGGGAUAAUCGCAGUAACAAAAGGACACCAGUCCAGAGAACACCACUCUCUGCUGCUGCUCAUACGCAUCCUGUCUACUGUGUGAAUGUGGUUGGUUCUCAAAAUGCCCAUAACCUGAUUAGUGUUUCCACUGAUGGGAAGAUUUGUUCUUGGAGUCUGGAUAUGCUUUCACAACCACAGGAUAGCAUGGAAUUGAUGCAUAAGCAGUCAAAGGCGGUAGCUGCUACUUGUAUGUCCUUCCCAUUGGGUGACGUCAACAAUUUUGUAGUUGGCAGUGAGGAAGGCUCUAUAUACACUGCAUGCCGUCAUGGAAGCAAAGCUGGAAUUAGUGAGAUUUUUGAUGGUCAUCAAGGACCAAUCACAGGUAUUCAUUAUCACACUGCUGCUGGUCCAGCUGACUUCUCUCAUCUUUUUGUAACCUCUUCCUUUGAUUGGACAGUCAAAUUAUGGACAACCAAGAAUAACAAACCUCUGUACUCCUUUGAAGACAAUGCCGAUUAUGUUUAUGAUGUUAUGUGGUCUCCCACCCAUCCUGCCAUGUUUGCAUGCGUUGAUGGAAUGGGAAGACUUGAUUUAUGGAAUCUAAAUAAUGAUACAGAGGUACCAACAGCAAGUAUAACAGUGGACAAAAAUCCUGCACUGAACCGAGUGAAAUGGACUCAAACUGGAAGAGAAAUUGCUGUGGGUAACUCAGAAGGGCAAAUACUAAUUUAUGAUGUAGGAGAGCAAAUAGCAGUUCCUCGAAGUGAUGAGUGGACACGCUUUGCUCGAACUUUGGCAGAAAUAAAUGCCAACAGAGCUGAUGCAGAGGAAGAAAUUGCAGCAUGAAUAGCAGAUCAGAAUUCAAGCCAAGACCUGUAUGUAGAGUAGGAAACAGCAAUUCAAUUAAGUGUCCAAUUAAAUUUAGUAUCUUGGUUGGUAACAAUGAAAUGGCACAGGAACUCAUGUGCAACAAAUUUCUUAAUUUCAUUCUCCCCAUAUUUCAGUGAAAUAACUAGUCCCAUCACAAAUUAGUCAAAUAAAUAUUUAAAGUGUCACCAAUAUGUGCAAUGGCAGGUGAUAGGAGCAGUUUUAUAAACAUUAAUAUUUCGGGAACUAAUUAUAGCUGUUGUAUUUUUGACAGCUAGAAUUAUAAAAAAUUGUACUUUCCUGUAUUAGAUUUGUAAUUUUUUUAGAUUUGUAAUUUUUAAGACCAUAGGAGCAGAAUUAGGCCAUUUAGGCCCAUCAAGUCUGCUUCAUUUCAUCAUAGCUGAUCCAUUUUCCAUCUCAACCACGUUCUCCUCAUAAUCUUUCAUGCUCUGACUAAUCAAGAACUUAUCAACCUCUGCCUUAAAUGCAUCCAAUGACCUGGCCUCCACGGCCACCUGUGGCAAUGAAUUCCACAGAUUUAUUAUCCUCUGGUUAAAGAAAUUUCUCCUUGUCUCCAUUUGAAGUGGAGAUCCCUCUAUUUUGAGACCGCUGUUUGGUCUGAAAAUCCCCCACUAUAGGGAUCAUUCUCUCCACAUCCACUCUAACUAUUCUUUUGAAAGUCAGUUUCCAUUGUAUAGUGUUGCUGAUACCACAGUCUCCAUCUGUACACCAAAUUUAUCCCUUAUCCCUUAUCCCAUUGCAUGUAUACUGCAGGAGUCGACCACAAAAGCAAGUGUCAGUGUGGGAAGUUUGUUCUCCUGUAGUUCUGAUAUAGUUGGAAUAUGAAUAGUUCCAUAUUAGUCUUGAAAUUAAUGUCAUUUUAAAAAUUAUUUUGAUUUAAUGUGAAGUUUUAACAACAGUUACAACUGGUUGGUUGUUAGCAGAUGCAGGAUAUCUAAAAUAAUACAAAAUAUUGGAAUUUACAGAUAGGCCGUCUCUACUAUGAAAGAGAAACUCCCCCCCCCAGUGAUGCUGUGGGACCUGUUAAGUAUGUCUCGCGUUUAACAGCUAAGGCAUAAAAUAAGCAAAGCAAAAGCAAACACACAUUUCUUUUAACAUUAAUUUAGUGGAACUACUUUAAAUAUAUUUGAAGUUCUCAAUUUACAGAAACAGUAAUAAAAGUUCGUAAAAUAGUUGUCAAAUAUUAACUGCUGUGACUAUUUCACAAAAUAAAACCCAAAUUAUUACACAGUUUAAAUUCUGUUAGCCAGCUUCACUAUUCAUAUUCUACCUCUGUCUCUGGGAAAAGUCUGAACCUACAACGUUAUUAAGUUCUUGUAUGUAUUACUUCCAGGGCAUAAAUCUUAAAACAGGGACACACCUGACAUGAUUGUUCUUCUGCAAAAACUUGUAAAACACAUGAUUAUUAUUUAAGCCCAAAAGGAGAAUGUUUGAAGUAAUCAAUUUGUUCUUAAGUUUUUAUAAAAGUUAUGUAAAAUUGUUACAAAUAAUAAAUAUACAGGAAAGUA